UACUUCAGUCACUGCAUGUGUGAGUUGGGAUAAGCUAAUUAGGCAGGCGAUGUGGUACAUGAUACUUGAGACUAUUAUUUUGCAUGGGUCUCCUCUCUUAUCAUGACUGCCACAACCAACACUCUGGUGAUGAUAGGGAUGUCACAGAGAGCUCCUUUAAUUUGUGAGGAGGACCAUAUCAUCGAGGAUUUCAGUAAACAGAACACUGUGCUGUUACCCAACAAAGAUUUUGGGAAGAGGAAAUUCCUUCACCUUGGAAACAGCACUGGUAGCUUAAAAUCACCAGGAAAAGAGAAAUCCUUUGAAGGAGGGGGUAUAGAAGAGACCACUACCCCCCAAGUUCUCACCAUGAAGUCAGCCCUCAAACAGUGGAUACACCCCCAAGACAAGCUUCUUACUGGACAUAUUGUGUACAAUGUCAAGUUUUUGGGUGAAUGUGAAGUAGACAGUGCCAAGGGUACAGAUAUAGUGAAAGAUGCCAUCAGAAAACGAAAGUUUAACAAACAUAUACGUAAGGCAGAGGGACAGAAAACACCCCGCGUGGAGCUGACUAUAUCAGCUGAUGGAGUAACAAUUCAGGACCCCAAAACCAAAGCCUGUAUGCAUCAGUACCCCCUGCACAGAAUAUCAUACUGUGCUGAUGACAAAACGGACAAACGAAUGUUUACUUUUAUUGCCAAAGCUGCAGAUGCCAAUAAGCAUUACUGUUAUGUAUUUGGCAGCGAAAAGUGUGCAGAGGAAAUAACAUUGACCAUUGGUCAGGCCUUUGAUCUUGCUUACAGAAGAUUCCUAGAGACUUCUGGACAGGAUCUAGACACAAAGAAACAAUGUCUUAUGUUACAAAGAAAGGUGCAGACACUAGAACAAGAAAAUGCAGCUUUAAAAAGAAGGAUUCAAGAACUAGAGAACCUGAAAGGAGUGGAUCCAAACCAGAGGAUUUAUGCAAAUAGUCGUAGCCUUGAAAUAGUUGAGGGUUCGGUCACCAAGGACUCGGACAAUGCUGCACACCCCUCAGGUGUGACAUUGGACCCUUCCAGUCCACCAGAUGAUAGUUCAACAGAAAAUUUCUUUUUUAAUGGCUUUGCUCCACAGCCUUCAGUGGGAACUAGACUGGAGAACUUAAUUUUGGACAAACCCGCUCAGACAAAUGGUUCCUCCACCAGCAAUGGAUCCAUGCCUGUUUCCCCUGGCAAGGGCCUCUUGUCUCCACCUCCGAGAAGUUCUAGGUCACAUUUUCAACAAUCACCUGCUAAUACGUCAGGGUCAGUGAACCCCUUUUCCUCCCCAGGAUCUUCCAAGUCAGAUGUGGACCCAUUUGGUAUGACAGCAUUUACCCCUACAGGACCUGGAUCCACCCCUCAAACCAGCACAGUGAGCAGUAGUGAAAGGGAGCUGAUGGAUAUGCAAGUGGGAUUUAGUGCUGGCUUGUCCUUUGGAACAGAAGACUUCUCAUUGGCUGACUUUGACCCCUUGAAUCAGAGUUCAUGAUGGGAGUGUGCCAAUCAGAGCAUUGAUGUGAUAUAUUCUACUAUUUACCUAGUCCUUUAUCACCUUGGUGUUUUUAUGUGUGAAUUCAGGUGUAAAUAACAUCGAAAUACAUAACUGCAAAUAUACUUAGUUUACCAAAGGUCAUCAUUAUGAACAUGUAUAUACUCAUUCAUGUAGGAGAUCGACUCAAAGACUGCUUGAAUUUUUAAUUUAGAUAUUAUAUUUUUGUAUGAAUUUAUCCUGAGUCCAAGAAUAACAAAAUAACUAUUACUCUAUGAGUUUAGUUAAUUAUACUUGUGAGGGGUAUUUUUUAUUGUAAAAUAGGUGAAACUAUACUUAAAAUGCUAUUCCAUUUUGCAGAGCUUUGCAAUAUAUACCUGGUACAUGUAUAUUGGAAUUCUUGUACACUAGAGUGUGUUAUCAGAGUUAUGUAAUGUGAAGCUUAACAUAUGCAACUGUGGACUCUGCUGACUACUUCAAUUCAACUAAAUACUUAACUUUUUUUCAAAAAAGUCAUUGUAAUGUAAUACACUUGCACAAGAAUUCUGCAUGUUAUAUUGUUAUUAUUGUUUGUAUCAUUUUACCAGUCAAAUGUAAUUUCAAUAUUAAAUGCUUUCAGUCAUUAUUUCACAUUAUUGUUCAUAUGGUGGAGUGCAUGAAAUGCAGAAUUAUUUUUUUAAGUGGCAGUCAAAUAAAUUC